CGAAUGAGCAUAUGAUUAAUCUAUAGUGUACAACCUUUAUUAUUGAAAUUAAUAGCUCAACAAGUUGACUUUUGUUGCAAGUAGAUGAAAUAUUACGCUUCCAAUCUUUUUAAACUAGCUUUUUACUUUCCAUCUCUCCUAGUUGGAUACUGCUCGUGGUGCUAUCACAAGUGUUUCAGAACGUUAAAAAAUGUCCAAAUUUAGAAUAAUGUUUGGAAUCUUAUUUGCUUUGAUCCUAUACUGCCAGGCAUUUUUGACGAGAACGCAACUUCUGAAGCUCCACACCCAUUUCGAACAAUGCAAUGCCGAAUUCAACGUGUCGUCCAACCUGCACUUCGAGGAGCAUGCCGAACACCUGGAUCUAUCUUUGGCCGGUCCGAUGUUUUUCAAGGUGCUGGUUUGCGUGCAUAGGCGGGCCAACUUUACGGACGUCAACGGAGAUCUGAUCGUGCCAAAUAUGGUUGAGUUCUUGCGAGAGGAUCACAACGUUUCGGGAUUUCCGGCCCAGAUCGGUAAAUGCGUUUCCCACACGGGCUCGCCGGAGGAGAAAAUGCGAGCUUUGUACACGUGUGCUUCCAAGCUGAGUAGUUCUCCCCGGAACGAGACGUUUUUCUGAUAAUUUGUGCAUGUGCACUAAAUAUAUUGAAAAGUUAGUAACUUAGGUGUGAAG